AUGCAACAGCCUGAUCAGCAGAAGAAGAGGGGCCCCCGGGGGGCCCCCAGACCCCCCCCAGAUGAAUGGGGUACCCCUGGGUUCCUUAUAAAGCGGCUCAAGUUAGAGACGAGGGAGGAGGCAUCACAGGGGCCCCUUCAAGACCAGCAGGGGCCCCCUGACGGGGUUUCCGCUAUUCCUGAGGGGGCCCACCGUAGGGGGCAAAUUGGGGGCCCCCAGGGGGGCCCCCAAGGAGCUGAGACGAUAGAUUUAACAAGGAGCUCAGAUAGCUCAGAGGGAGAAACAACUACAAAGAAGAAGACCCUGGGGGGCCCCAAAGAAGGGCCCCCUAAGGGAAUAAGAUCCUCUACAAAAGGGGCCCCACGGGGGGCCCCUUCGAUGGCAACAGAGGAACCAACAGGGGCCCCAACAGGGGCCCACAGAAGCAAACCCAAGGGAAAGCAAAAAGCAAGAGGGGGGGCCCCUCUUGCUGCUGCAGGGAGGAAAAGGGAUAACUAUUUAGAUUCAUCUAGUACCUCAGAGGAAGAGACAGGGGCCCCCAGCUCUCUUACCAGUGUCCCCAGGGAGAAGGGGCCCCCAGGGGGCUCCUCAGAUGUACCCUCAUCAGGGGACCCUCAGCUGAAGGAGACGGCAGCAGCAGCAUCGCAACUAAGGGUACCUGGACGCAAGGGCCCCCGAACCGUGGAGGCCCCCCUUCAGGGGGGCCCCCAAGGCUGUCAAGAGGUACCCAUUUUGUGCUCCUCUUCUUCUGAUAGUGAGGGGCCCCCCCUAAACCCUAAAAAGAGGACAGAAGGAAGACAUGGGGCCCCUGGAAGAGGGGGGGGCCCCAGUAAAAGGGCAUCAGCAGCAAGCCAGCAGCAGACUGCUGCUACCCCAACAGCAGCAGAUGCAGCAGAUGCAGCAGAUGCAGCAGAUGCAGCAGAUGCAGCAGAUGCAGCAGCAGGGACACGGAGAGCAUCAAGCGAAGCAGCAUCAGCAUCAGCAGCAGCAGAAUCACCCAAAGGAGCCAGAGCAGCAGCAGCAGCAGCACCAACACCACCAGCAGCAGCAGGAGCAGCAGAAUGUGCUGCUGCUGCUGCUGCAGCAGCAGCAGAUCAAGAGGAGGAGGGAUCGGUGGAGGUGUUGGGGAUCGGUGGGAUCGGUGGGAUCGUUGGGAUCGAUCCCAGGGAUAAGGAGACGAUCCCGGGAUCGUUAUGGAGCAUAAGAGACAGAAAAAAAAUAUCUCCUAAUAAAAGGAGACAAUUAUAUAAUAAAAGGAGACAAUUAGAUCCUUUUUAUGGUACAGUAGGCAAGAUAACAAGGGUAUUAUUAAGGGACUUUUGUAAUCAUGAGUAUCUUGAUUGGAGGCCCUCUCCUUAUGCUAAUCUUAUCUUAGGAGGAAAUGGUCAAGGAAAAUCAGCAAUAGCCAAGGCAAUAUUUGUAUGCUGUGGUGCUGAGAGGGGGGCCCCCCAAGAGGGUACACUAGGUGGGGCCCCCAAGGGGCCCCCAACCCCAUCAUUAAUAAGGAGCGGGGAGACACCUCGUCUAUAUGAGUAUAUAAGGGACUAUUGGAAGGAGGAGGGGCCCCCCAAGGCCGUUAUAUCCAUUACCUUUUCUAAUUUUUCUUCUAUAGGGGGCCCCCCCGAGUAUGGGGGUGGCCCCCCGGGGGCCCCUGAUGGUGGGGGCCCCCCUGGGGCCUCCCAGGAACCUACAGGAGCCGGUUUUUCUGCUGAUUCUUCUUCUACAUCUUCUCCAGAUGCUGCUGCUGCUGCUGCAUCUGGUGCAGCAGCAGAAGCAGCAGCAGCAGGAGGAUUAAGUCGUAUAAAAGAGGAAGAAGAUGGAUUAGUAAGCCGUGUCUCCUCGUUAACAGGAGACGCAUUUGUACCCAUAGAUAGGGCAUAUAAUAAUUUAUUAUAUGGAGAUUAUAUAACAAUAACAAGAGAAAUAGUUAAGAAACGUAUACCCCGCAAGCAGCAGCAGCAGCAACAGCAGCAGCAGCAGCAGCAGCAGCAGCAAGGAGAAGAAGAAGAGGAAGAAGAAGAAGAAUCAGGAUUAGGUGCAGCACUAAGUAGUAUAAGAGAAGCAGCAGCACGUCAUGAGUCUGCUGCUCAGCAACUAAAACUUGAGGAGUUGAAGGCGGAGGCUGCUUCAUUGAAGGAAAUAAUUCCUUACCUGAAGGCAGCAGAGGCAGCAGCAGCAGCAGCAGCAGCAGCAGCAGAAGUAGAAAAGAUAGAGGAGGAGGUGCAGCGGCAGCAAGGUGCUGCAUCUCGUGCUGCAGCAGCAGCAGCAGCAGCAGAAAGGGAGAAGGAAAUAAAGCAUCGUCGUGUAUAUCUACAUGAGAGACGUAACGACGUAAAGGAAUUAAAUAAGCAGCAGCAACAGCAGCAGCAGCAGCAAGCUGCUGCUGCUCGUCAGCUACGUAGUAAGAAAGGAGAAGCAAAUAGAUUAAGACAAGACAUAGCAGCAAAUAAAGAGAUGAUGGAGACACUUCGUGAUGUUAUCAAUACUAUGCAACAGGUAUGCAGCAGCAGCAGCAGCAGCAGCAGCAGUAGCAGCAGUAGCAGCAGUAGCAGCAGUAGCAGCAGUAGCAACAGUAGCAGCAGUAGCAGCAGUAGCAACAGUAGCAGCAGUAGCAGCAGCAGCAAGGAUUUAUUUGUGUUUACACUAAAAGGGCCAACAAAUCCAUCAGCAGGAGAAGCAGCAAAAAUAGCAGAGAAGGAAGCAGCAGUUGCUGCAGCAACAGCAGCACUUGCUGCAGCAGAAGAAGCACUGCAGAAAGUGCAGCAAAAAUCAGCAGCAGCACAACAAGCUGCUGCUGCAGCACGGGGUGUAUGUACAGAUGCAGAGCUGCGUCUGCAGUCAGCACAAUAUUAUGCAAAGGAGACAAGCGCGCAGGUGCAGCAGCAGCAGAAGCUGCUGCAGCGGCUGCAGCAACAGCAGCAAGAGAGGCGUCAGCAGCUGCGUGAAUCUUUAGCAAGGGAGAAGAAAGCACAGCAACAAGCAGCAGCAGCAGCAGAAGCAGCAGCAAAAUCAGCAGCAGCAGCAGCAGCAGCAGCACGUGACGCAUCAGGGAGACCUGGUCAUCCCCAGCAGCAGCAGCAGCAGCAACAACAACAACAACAACAGGAGCUGCAGCAACUGCAGCAAGUAAGGGCCUCUAUUUCUAAGCGUCUUGCGCUGUAUAUACACCCAAGGAUGCAAGGAGGGGGCCCCCCUGACUAUGAAGGAGUUCUUGCUGCAGUGCAGCGGCUGCAGCAGCAGCAGCAGCUGCAGCACAUACCUGUUGGUCCCUUAGGGGAGUUAUUAUAUAUAGAUAAUAAUGUUGCUGCUGCUGCUGGUAUACCAGCAGCAGCAGCAGCAGCAAUAAUAGAGGAACAUAUACGUCCUUAUAUUAAUACUUUCUUAGUUAGCUGCAUAAGAGAGCAGCGGCUGCUGCUGCAGCUGCUGCAGCAGCACCGCUGCCCUCCUCGUGUUGCUGCUGUUAAUUUUUGCUGCUCUCCUUAUGCUCCCCGUCUUAUGGAUAAUUUCUUAGGUAUACCCCCAGGUGUAUGUACUAUCUAUAAAAUAUUAAGGAAACAGGAGACACCUACAGCAGCAGCAGGAGCAGCAGGAGCAGCAGCAGCAGCAGCAGCAGCAGGAGAGAAGAAAGAUACACAAACAGACACAAGCUGCUGUUUGCCUUUGGUAGCAGUACAUUUUUUAGUGGAUGUUGCAUCAAUAGAGAGGGUGGCGAUAACAGAGAACAGGCAGCAGCUGCGUAUGCUGCUACAGGGUCCCUCCCUGCAGCAGCAGCAGCAGCAGCAGCAGCAGCAGAGGGGACCAGGAUUAAGAGAAGGAUACAGCUGGAGGGACGAAGUACAUCUAAGGAGACAAGGAAGAGGAAUAGAGGGACUACCAUCAGGACAAGGAAGAGGGAGAGGAGGAAUAAGGGGAAUUGUACGGCAGCAGCAGCAGCAGCAGCAGCAGCAGCAGCAAGCAGCAGCAGCAGCAAGUGCAGCAGCAAGUGCAGCAGCAGCAGCAGCUGCUGCAGAGGUGCAGCAAAAGGAGACACAUGAAGUAGCAUAUGCUGCACUAGAGAAAGAACUGCAGCAAGAAAAGGAGACCGAGGAGACACUGCUGCAGCAAAAACAGGAGACACUUGCUGCAGCAAGGAAACAAUUAGAGGCUGCUGCUGCUGCUGCAGCAGCAGCAAGAGCUAAAGAAGCAGCAGCAACUGAAGAAUUACGUGAGCAGCUGAAGGUAUUGAGGGAGAAAUUAACAGCAAAAGAAAGAGAGAGAGAAGGAGAAGAGAAACAGCAGCAGCUGCUGCAGCAGCAGCUAGAGGAGACACUUGCUGCUGCUGCUAAGCUGCAGCAAACAAUAGAGGAGACACAGCAGCAAAUUGAUGAUACUAAACAAAAACUUGCGGAUGCUGCAGCAGAAGCAGAGAGUCGUCUUUCUUCGUUGGAUAUUCGCAUUAGUGCAUUGGAGAAAGAAACAAGAAAUAAAGACGUAAACCCUAAACCCUAA